AGUACUAACACCAAGUCCAGUGACUCCACCACAGCCUACGAAGGCCUGUUCGGAGCCAGCAGCCGAAGUACUAACACCAAGUCCAGUGACUCCACCACAGCCUACGAAGGCCUGUUCGGAGCCAGCAGCAGAAGUACUAACACCAAGUCCAGUGACUCCACCACAGCCUACGAAGGCCUGUUCGGAGCCAGCAGCAGAAGUACUAACACCAAGUCCAGUGACUCCACCACAGCCUACGAAGGCCUGUUUGGAGCAAACAUACACAACGGCUGUUGUUGAGAAAUAUGUCCAGGAAGCAUGGGAAGGAAAUGUUUCUCAUGUUCUCCUAUCAAAAAUCGGGCCCUAUAAAUUAUAUUAUUGGGACAUUUCUCAAAUUGGGCCAAACAUGGAGCUGGAAAGUGAGUCUAUUAAUGCAUAUAUGGAUCUAUUAGUGCGUGGGCACAAUUGUACCAGCAGCGAAAAAGCUGCUCUGAUAGACUCCUUUGCAAUGACUGCUAUUUGGAGUGGAAAAUCCCCAAGGCUCAAGAUAAAACCUAUGGAGCAUGAAGUUGUACUGGGGAUUAUAAAUGACCACCACCACUGGAAAUUAGCAGUCAUUUAUCCCCAUGGAAAGAGAUCCCUGCUCCUGGAUCCACUGGGGGAGUCCAAAAGAGACAUCAAACAAUGUUUGGAAACAACAAGGGCAUUCAUGAGAAAUAAAGGAUGCAAAGUCUCCAGAUGGACAUGUGGCACUGUUCAGCAUCCAGUACAGACAGACAGCACUUCAUGUGGUGUGUUUGUAUUGAAAUUUGCAGAAAAACUCCUUAGACGAGAGGAAAUGUUUUUUCAAACAAACCCCACUGCCAUUAAUGAACUUAGAAGGGAAAUUGCUGUCAAACUUCUUCUACGGACAGAUAACCUUUCGGACAUUUGUUGUUACUGUGGGGAAGAGGAACAUGAAAACGAUUUUAACUGGAUACAGUGCGACGUUUGUCUUCGCUGGUUUCACCAGUUGUGCAUGCAAAACCCACCACCUGAGAAGGCCUUUGUUUGUCCUGCUUGUGUUUAUUAGAAACAUGUUCAGUAGUUCUGACAUUUUUGUAUAUAGUUUAUAUGAAUAAAUAAACACUACAGUUGUUGAAACUUUGAGAAUUUUUUGGCAUUUCAUGGAGAUGCCGUUAUAACUCACAUAGUUUAACCUUUCUUGGUGCUCUGUAAGUAGUUAAUACAUUUUUGGCCGACAGAGGAAGGCUUGAUGCCACCUUUGCUACAGUACUACGUCAAAAAAACAUUGUUACAUUUCUAAAUGUUUGACCUGUAAACACUGAAUACAUGUUCUGGCAGGCUGGAUCUGAUAUUUUUUG